AUGUUCCACGUCAAAUAUGCGAUUUCCGUGAAACGUGAAGAAAUGCGCCAGCUGGAAAAUCUCGCCCGGGAGGAAGAAAAGAAACUGGUUAUUGCUGAAAAAUGUCUGGAAGAAGACGCGAUAACUUUCGACAAGUUUUUGAAAGAAAAUGACGCCAACUCGGUUGAAUCGAUCAAAAGAGUCGAAGAAGAAACGAGAAGAAAACUGGAAAAAGUAGCUGCUGUCAAAAAGCUUCACAACACUAUCCGAGGCAUCGAAACGGAAAUUUCGAAGUCCGAAGAAAGGCUCAAAAUGUACAAGAAAUAUCGCUCAUUUGUCGAUACAUUGACGCCAGAAGAACACCGAAAGCCUAAAAAGGAAAAGAAGCCAUCUCGUAAACAAUCUGCCGUCUCAUCGGCUGGCGAUUCAAGUUCAAAUUUGCGAGCAGCAUCCAGCAAGCGAAAGAGCUCAGCACGAGCUUCUGUCAUGAGCCAAGGGCGAAGAGCGAGUGCAAGGCCUUCCAAAAUAUCAGCUAAUCAGAAUCGUGAUCCAGCGAGUUCUAUUUCAUUCACGCCUUCUACUGAUCGUCAAACGGAUGAGAGGAAGACUCCCGACCUCGUCGAUUCUAGCUCCGAUGAGGAAGAAGCCUAUCUUUAUUUCAGCAACCCGGAGGAUUUACUGACUCUGUUCCACGAUCUGGAGGAUCAAAAUCUGUCAAUGAUUCAAAACGGACAAGACAUGGAGGAAGCACUGGACGAUAUGAAAGCGCAUGCAAAAUUGAAAUGCGAGUUUUUCUCUUUCGGCAAUUAUGACGAAGCAGAUCAGGAUAAGAUGGUAAAGCAGUAUGAUGAUGCGAUCAAAAAGGUCUAUGGAAAUAUCGUCGGGAACGAAGAUGCGCAAAUUCCAACGCUUCAUAUGGUCGUUUCUAUCGAAAACACCUUGUCUCAAUUGUUGGAUGAAAUGGAGAACCUUCCUUCCGAAACCGUAGCUCAGUACGAAAAAAGCUUCGAAAAAGAUCGACGCGCACGAGCCCGAGAGGAAAAGGCAAGAGAACAAGAAGAAGCCCAAAAAAGAGCGUGUCAAACGCGCUCUGGAACGAGCCCAGGCUGCCCCGAGGAAUAA